GGGGAAAAAAAAAACGUGUCGACCUGAGGCCGGUUGGGCCUACGUGCAUAACGCAAGUGUAGCGUAGCGCGGUGCGUCACUUUUUGGGUUACAUAAAAUCUGGCGAUUAUCCUUUGUGGAGCAAACCAGGUUUGGAGGUUUUUUUUAUGGGCUACAGUAGUAAGGCCGUAAUUUUUACUUGCUUAUACCUUGCUUUUUGUAACGGUGCUGAUCUGAUCCCAUCCGGCCGCGGUGCGGAGAAGUGGGUUCGGAAUACCUUCGCCGUCUUUUUGCUACCUGUGUGUGGUAUGUAUGUUAUGUACGUAUGUACGUAUGGAGUGAUUGCUGGCCGUUUUCUCCGCUGCGUCGGGCUGGAGGUUUUCGAGUCGUUGCUGGCGAGGUGGAGAUGCGCCGGGCAUGAUGGGGUUGGGUUGGGCGGAAAGGGAGGAAGGGGCUAGAGAGACGAGCUGAGGGCGCGAUGUAACGAUUUUCGCGAUGCGUGGUCGUGCUGGUUCUCCUUUUUAUAGCGGCGGGAGGUUGUUGUGAGUGAAGGUAGAUUGAUGUACAGACGCGAAUUGAUACCUUAGGGCUUAUGGUGAUAAUUGAAGCUUCGCGGAUUCGUGCUAGAUAGGUACGAACGAAGGGAGCCGUUAGGUCGUCUUGGUGAUACUCCGUAGAAAACAGAGUGGUUUAGUAAUGGAAAAGGUAAGAU